CUGAAAGAUCUCCCAUCCAUUGAACCUUUCUUCAUCUACGAAACUUCUCCAAUCUCCAAUGCCAUUUCCCUACCGAAAAUCAAACGCCAUUUCCCUUCCCUAGGAGGAUCGCCUCUCUUCCCCAUUCCAAACAACAACAACAAAUUAAAGACAAAACAAAGCAAUACAUCAUGGCGAACUCGGCUUCUGGAGUUGCAGUGAACGACGAGUGCAAGCUGGUGUUCUUGGAGCUGAAAGCGAGGAGGGCUCACAGGUACGUCCUGUUCAAGCUGGACGACGGUUCCCAACAGGUGGUGGUCGACAAGGUCGGCCCUAGCUCCGAGAACUACGAGGAUUUCACCAACAGCUUGCCCAUGGACGACUGUCGCUAUGCUGUCUUCGAUUAUGACUUCACCACCGACGAGAAUUGCCACAAGAGCAAGAUCUUCUUCAUUGCAUGGUCCCCAGACACAGCAAAGGUGAGGACCAAGAUGCUCUAUGCCAGCUCCAAGGACAGGUUCAAGAGGGAGCUCGACGGCAUCCAGGUCGAGUUGCAGGCCACCGACCCCAGCGAAAUGAGCUGGGACAUCCUCAAAGCAAGGGCUUUUUGAAGCUCAACCAUAAUCAAGCAAGCUACCUAGCUGCUGAGACUACUCUUGCAGCAUUCUACAUUGUCUGUCUGUCUGUCUGUCUUUUUUUCUUUUUGUUCGUAUUUGUGUUGGCUCGUAUGCUACCGAGCUCUCGUUGCUUCUGAGGAUUCAUAACUAGGUAGGUAGUACGUAAGAGGGGAUACUACUUACCAUCCAUGCGUUCUGUGUUUUAACACAAUGCUUUCUCCUCUGUCACUUUAGUAGUAAAUUUUGGUUGGUCUUUGUCUCUCAUUUUUAGAUCAGUAUUGAAACACGAGAAUGAAUCGUUUGAAUAAGCAUAUUUUGAA